AUGGAUGAUGGAUACAGAAACACAAACCUCUACCAAGGGGGAAGGGAGACAAACCAAGUCUCAGAUGAUUACAGGUACCAGGAUGGUAACUACGAGGGAUACGCACCCAAUGAUGGCUACUACCGUGGUGGGGAUGAACCCACUCAUGAAGAAGACGCCCAGAGUGAUGUUACAGAAGGCCAUGAUGAAGAUGAUGAGGUCUAUGAGGGGGAAUACCAAGGAAUCCCGCACCCAGAUGACAUUAAAGCCAAGCAGAAGAAGCGAGCUCCUGCCAUGGAUGAUGAGUACAGAGACCGUGCUGACCUUAUGGCAGAGAGGAUGGAGGAUGAGGAGCAGCUUGCCCACCAGUAUGAAAACAUCAUUGAGGAGUGUGGCCACGGACGCUUCCAGUGGACCCUCUUCUUUGUUUUAGGGUUGGCGCUGAUGGCAGACGGGGUGGAGCUGUUUGUGGUUGGAUUUGUUCUGCCCAGUGCUGAGAAGGAUAUGUGCUUGUCCAGUUCAAACAAAGGCAUGCUAGGUCUGAUAGUCUACCUGGGAAUGAUGGUGGGGGCUGUCAUGCUGGGUGGCCUCGCUGAUAAACUGGGAAGAAAGAAAUGCCUCAUCAUAUCACUUGCAAUCAAUGCUGCCUUCGCCUUCCUGUCCUCUUUUGUCCAGGGAUACGGAUUCUUCCUUUUCUGCCGCCUUAUCUCAGGCCUCGGUAUUGGGGGAUCCCUCCCCAUCGUGUUUGCCUAUUUCUCUGAAUUCCUGUCUCGUGAGAAGAGGGGUGAGCACCUGAGCUGGUUGUGCAUGUUCUGGAUGAUCGGUGGUAUUUUUGCUUCAGCAAUGGCGUGGAGCAUCAUCCCACAUUACGGCUGGGGGUUCAGUAUGGGAACCAAGUACCACUUCCACAGCUGGAGAGUCUUUGUUCUGGUCUGCUCCCUGCCCUGUAUCGCCUCCUUGGUAGCACUGAAGUUCAUGCCUGAAAGCCCGCGGUUCUUGCUGGAGAUGGGUAAGCAUGAUGAAGCCUGGAUGAUCCUCAAGCAAGUUCAUGACACCAACAUGCGGGCCAAGGGUGAGCCAGAGAGAGUGUUUACGGUUUCUUAUAUCAAAACUCCAAAGCAAGUUGAUGAGUUCAUUGAAAUUCAAAGCUCAACAGGGACUUGGUACCAGCGGUGGCUGGUCAGAAUCACAACCACCUUCAAACAGGUCUGGGACAACGUGCUAUAUUGUUUAACAGCCCAGUACAGGAUGAACACGCUGAUGCUGGCUGUGGUUUGGUUUACUAUGGCCUUAAGUUACUAUGGCCUUAUUGUCUGGUUCCCUGACAUGAUCCGCUAUCUCCAAGAAGAGGCCUAUGAGUCCCGAGUGAAGGUCUUUGAUGAGGAAGAAGUGUCACACUUCACCUUUAAUUUCACCCUGGAAAACCAGAUCCAUAGAAACGGGGAAUACAGAAAUGAUAAAUUUAUUGGCAUGAAAUUCAAGGAGGUGAGAUUUGAGGAUUCACUAUUUGAAGAAUGCUACUUUGAGGACGUGACAUCCAGUGAAACCUUCUUUGAAAACUGCACCAUCAUCUCUACUGUCUUUUACAACACUGAUCUCUAUGAACACAAAUUCAUCAACUGCAGGCUGAUAAACACCACGUUCAUGAAGGAGAAGGAAGGCUGCCAUCUGGACUUUGAGGAGGACAAUGAUUUCUUGAUCUACUUAGUCAGCUUCCUUGGCAGCCUGUCUGUGCUGCCGGGAAACAUCAUCUCUGCACUGCUUAUGGACAAAAUAGGGAGGAUAAAGAUGAUCGGUGGCUCAAUGCUGAUCUCUGCAGUGUGCUGCUUCUUUCUCUUCUUUGGCAACAGCGAAUCGGCGAUGAUCGGCUGGCAGUGCCUCUUCUGCGGGGCCAGCAUCGCCGCCUGGAACGCCCUGGACGUGAUCACUGUAGAGCUCUACCCCACGGAUAAAAGGGCAACAGCCUUUGGCAUCCUCAAUGGGCUUUGCAAGUUUGGUGCCAUCCUGGGGAACUCAAUCUUUGCCUCCUUUGUAGGGAUAACCAAGGUGGUUCCCAUCCUUCUGGCUUCCUCUGCUCUGGUUGGAGGUGGCCUGCUCGCUUUGCGCCUCCCAGAGACUCGAGACCAGGUCCUGAUGUGA